CUCGCAAAAAAGUUGUAUUCUUUUUUUCAUUCUUAAUACUUUUCAUUAUCUCUCUUUCUCUUUACUACAAUUCUGGCUCUGAAAGCAAUGAAACAGUUCAUUCGCAAACUCUCCUGUAUAAGUGACUCUCUUCUCCGAUCCAACUCAACCAAACCGCAACGUGCUGAAUCAGUCCAUUCAGAUCAUGUGCCAGAGGGUCAUGUUCCAGUGUACGUGGGAGAAGAAAUGCAGCGGUUUGUCCUCAAUGCAGAGAUACUCAAUCAUCCGGUUUUCAUGAACCUCCUCAACCUAUCAGUUCAAGAAUACGGUUACACACAUAAUGGUGUGCUUCGAAUCCCAUGUCGUGUUUCUGUGUUUGAGCAAGUUCUUGAAGCGGUUCGACUCGGUCGUGACCCUCAAAUUAUUCGCGACAUCCUCGGUUCCUCGUCCGAUGAGACUUCUUAAGAGUCUUGUUUCGUCGCGACAUAUCUG